AUUGUAACACCUGUGCAACUUGUAUCUAAUUAUGCCGAUUGUGUGGAACAAACACACUCAAGGCUAUAUAUGAUCACUAUAGAUGAUACCUACUCUGUUCACUAUGUCUGUGGUCUUGGUUCUUCUGGCCGUGGCGUUGCCCUCCACUUUUGGUCAGCUUACUUUUUAUUCGCCAAACUCAGGCCAACCAUACGGGUCUCCCGGUUGGCAGUACUACAGCACAGAAGCUGAGGAUGUCGCAUCAAAGUUGACCGCUGUGGUAACAAGCUCAAAAGCGGCAUGGGAAAAUUAUGUCAAUACUUUAAAGGUCUCGAACAACGCGUCCAAGGCUCUCACAGCGUAUGUAGAAGCAGGAAACUCAGUGGAUGGUACUGCCUGUGCUCCCAGCGAUGAUGACCAGUACCGCUCGUCUAUCGUAGAGAAGAUUCACAACACCGUCGACAGCUGUGCAGCCUUCAGCAACUUCACGUGUGGAGGUCACUUUUGCACCUUGAUAGAGCUGAUAAGAGAAGCUCUUGUUGAGGUGCAGAAAGCAGAUAGCGACCUUGGAACCAGCAGAACCAUUUGCUUUUCUCUGAGAGUUCCCCCUUCACCUGCCUGUGUAAAGAGCCAAAACAAGUCACUUGAGACUAUCAAUCAUGCCGUGUCCCAUGGGCAAAUGGCAAAAUAUAACUAUGAAUCCAGGGAAUCUUAUUUUCCUGCAAUAGCAAAACUUGAUGCCUGCGUUGAUCAUGGUUUAGCGAGAAUCCAAGCCGAGUUAGAGGAACGAACGCAGGGUCUGAUAGACUGCAAGAAGAGUUUAUAAGAGAAAAGCAGUAACAAGGCAGUAAGCUUAAUAUGUUGAAAUUUUGAUGGAUGUAACAUUCUUGUUCGCAUGAAAACAAGAAUCAGUAUAAUAGAAUUCACCGUCUAUAUGCUUUUUUCAUUUUAAUAUGUCAACAUCAAUAAGUAAUAAAUGUAAUCAAAACGAAA